GUUCAAGUGCACAACCUUCAGCAUGUUAUUCCUCUUGGAGCUCGAGCUCCUGCUGGAGUUCCUCUGAGCCCGGGGCGUGACGUCACUCUCCCAGAAUGCAUGGCUUCCAGCGCGGCGCCCAGCAGUCCAGGCCCGGACUCCGAGAAACAUCUUUAAAAACUUGUUCCAAAAUGUCGAUGUGGAGGCGGAAUGGAGGGUGGACGGAGAUGUGGACGGAGGCACAGUCGGUCUGUAAAGAUGUUGAUCUGCCUCUGUGAUUCAGCUGCUGUUUCUGAGGCGUUCAGGGCUGCUGAAUACUAAAAUAGACUGCGGGCCAACACAAGAGCUCUUCUCAGGGAACACACAGACCCAGUCACUGCUUCCAAAGCUCCUCAUCACCGCAGCCCUUUUGGGGUUGCUAUGGCAGCUGCUGUCACAGAGACCAAGUGCUGGACACAGGCUCGCCCCAGUAAGGCAGGACAGACCACUAGUCAUUGCAGCAGGAGACCAUCAAACAGUCAACAAACAGCACUUAGCAUUAAUUCUAGCACUCUAAGUUAACAAAACGACCAGAGGUCUGCAGGCUGAUGGUCAGCUCUCUGGAGAAUCCUCAUGAGUCUUGUCUGUGUCUGCUCCGGCUCUUGGCCAGAGUCCCCGUGCACCAGCAGAGCCAGUACUGUUCCUUCUGUUAGACCAUGUUCCACCAGCAGGACCAUCUGAAGAGCCAGCUGCAGGAGAGCCACCCGGCUGGCAGGCAGCUCUUCCACUGCCAGGAGUGUGGGAAGCAGUACAACACCCAGCUGGGUUAUCGGCGCCACCUGGUGGCGGCCCACAGCGCUUCAGCAAACCUGCCCUGCCCAGAGGGGGCGCCCUCCCUCCUGGAGCACUUGGGCAGCCAUAUUGACCGGCCUCCACCUUCAGAGGGAACCACCAACGCUGCUGUGCCAGUAAGAGAGAGGAAGUACUCCUGUGAGCGAUGCGAACGCCGUUUCUACACACGCAAGGAUGUUAGGCGUCACGCGGUGGUGCACACCGGGCGCCGUGACUUCCUUUGCCCGCGAUGUGCACAACGCUUCGGCCGCAGAGACCACCUCACCCGCCACUUGAAGAAGAGUCACGCUCAGGAGUCGGGUUUGAUACCAUCCUGUGCACCAAGCACUCCGGUGGCCACACCCACCACUGCCGCUCAGUGCCCGGUGAAGGAGGAGCCAAGCCCCGUGACCUCUGACAUGGGCUCUGUCUCCAAGGAGCACAUGGAGAAUUACUCCAGGGACAUGUACAACUCCUACCCCAUAGCCAGUCCUGUCCCCGGGUUGGGCCACCCCCACAGCCUCAUGCAGGGCUCCUUGUCCUCCAGCAUGGGUGUGAGUCGCCACAUGUCCCCACAGUCCUCUCACCCUCAUCAUCACCACCUGCAGCCCCCGGUGGCUCCGCAGCAGCAGCCUUACGGCAACAUGGCCAGGUACCAGCACGGAUCUACCUCAUAUCCUCGCGCCGACGUGGACAGCUUCCUGCUGGACCUGCAGAGCGCCCCCCCACCUCACCUGAGCGUGGCCAAUUCCUCUACCUCUACUUCUGCCUCCCCUCAGAGGGAGGUUCUGGGUGAAGGGGUGGGUGCUGGCGGCGAUCCCCACCUGCUGUCCAGGAGUCCAGCUAUCUCCUCCACCGAGCUGUCCUGCACCACUAACAUGGACCUCGGGCCUCUCCUGGGGUUUCUUCCUUUCAGCCUGCCGCCCUACAGCCCUCACAUGGGGAUGGGAGGGCUUGUGAUGAGCUACCCGCCUACCACCACCGCCACUUCCUCGCCAUCCUCCUCCACGGGGCUGUCCUCUCAGGCUCCAGGGCCUUUCUCCUUCUUCCAGCCUCCCCAGGCUCACGUACCCCAGGGCCCCGGAGCCCACAACCACAGCCAGCUACCUCAGGCAUACAGCAGUUCUGCUAUGAGCACUUCAAGCUCCCUACCUCACUACUACCAGACCUUUCAGCAGUAAGCAGCUCUGUCCCCGUUAAAGUUGCCUUCAAGUGAGCUCAUGGAUUUUUCAAGAAAAAGGGUAAAACAUGAGGACGGCAUUUUUAUUUGUAAAGCAAGUGUGUAACUUUAGCCUGUCAGUGCUAAUGAUGCUAAUCUUAGUUGUUUUUGUUUUGUUAAACACAACAAAUCACCUCAUCAGUAUUACCUCAUUAUUUAAAAAAGGAAGCUUGAACCUUUGGGAAAAUGUAGAUAAUCUCACUACAACCAAAAUAGAGUAGCACCUCUCUUUGUUAGACCUGUUACCUUCAGUGGAUGCACUUAAAAUUGAUCACAGAUGCUGCACAACGCUGAGAGUCAUCCAGCUUUAGGACACCAUGGACAUUCCACAGUGUUAGGGGAUUUUGUAUCCACUUUUGUAUCACCUUUUUAAAAUUUCGCCUUCCUUUUUCUAAAUGGGAAAUAUUCGACCACAAACAGCCUUACGGAGAGAAUGAAGAUGUCACUUACAUUGAGUACAAGAUUGAAAUGCAAUCUCAGUUGCAUCCAGCCGUGCAUCAGCUCAUGUGAGAGCAUGCAGUUUUUGCAAUUUUCUACCCUGAAGUUUUGUAAAUUUAACCCUUUUCUGAAGAGUUCAGGACCAGGCCUUGUUAGAGUUUGGACUAUUUGAGUCUCUUCCGUGGUCUUUAACAGUUACAGUUAAGACCACUGAAGCUAGGCUGCAUUUACUAAAUCUUAAAGAUACUGUAAAGGAUACUGUAAACCCCUUUAUUCAAAUUGUUGUGAACUAAAAAGCAUUUAAGUAACAUCAGAAUGUGAAACUCUGAUGUCACCUCAUGGCACAGCGAUGGUGCCAGAAAUCUCUAUUUGAAUCCCCCGAGGAUAUUAAGUCGGUGACGAGCUCUAAUGCUUCUUUUAUCCUCUUUUAUUGCUGUAUUACGUAGCAUUACUAGAUUAAAGGCACUUAUGUUUCAUUUCUGAUAUGGCAGGGAAUGCCACAUCACAUGAGGCUUUGCAGCCAACAUGCUGCUCCACUGCUCUUUAUAGGGAAAUGUUUGAGGGCUAGAAUGUGUGAGACCGUUCAGACAGGUAAACGUGCAGAGAAGACACACCCAAGAUCUCUGUGGCUCAGUUUAUGAGACACUGCGUUGAUGUUUGUGUCGGUCAGAGGAACAAGCUUAAAAUCCUGCGUUCAUCCGUUCAUCCCUACCUGUGAUGCUUUCAAUGUUUCUGUCUGAGCUGGACCACAGAGAGCAGUAGAGCAGCUGAUUUUUAGUAUUUCUUUGAUUUCCACUUUGUUAAAAGGUCAAAUAGAAAUGUUCAGAUGCUAACAUUUUGUGAAAACCAGGUCACUGAUCUCAGGGUUGCCACCUGCCCCUUCAAAUACAUGCACAUGUUCUUUUCUUUUGCAGUAACUGUCACACUCUUGCCCCACUCCUAUGUCCCCUCUUUUGUCCUUGUCGUUCCACUUUGCACCCUGCUGCACAGAGUAGAGGGUCCAGUUUUAAGCAGAUCUAGUAGAGGUGUACAUCAAAGUCCUUCAGAUUGCGCUUUGAAACACUCAGAUCAGAACUCCUAACAAUGUGUGACAAGAAAAUUCUAAAGCCUGGUUUAUACUUGGGCGUAGCUUAUGCUCGAGGUCUGUGUAGCUCCCAUACCCACGCAGAGGCCCACGCACGUAGCUGAUGCGUACCUCCUCCAAAAUGUAACUACACGUCGAAUCGACCCGGACCGCAAGCCCUGUGCUUGGUCCGCUCGGCAGCAUUGUAUUUCCCACAUUUACAGCACUUCCAGGAUCCCCGCUCAUCGUCCGUGUAUUUCAUCUCCUCCUCUCUAUUCUUCAUGUAAUCAUGUCUGUAUGAUAUCCAGCAACAUGUAUCAGCUGUAGAUUAACAUAACACGCUCUGAAUCACUGUGAAAAAGUAGACAGAGAUCGUUACGGGGCCAGAAACAGCCAACCCGACUAUCAGACAGACCACUCUGCCCUCAAGAGUAUUGCUGCAUGACACGGAUACAUUGACACAGAAGUAUGUAGAGCUCACGUCCAUGUAGAACACUGCUGCGUAGGGUCAAUGGAGAAGUAUAACCCAGCCUUGACAAUGCUUUCCAACCUGAAGCAGUGUUAACGUGAAAAAGAUCACAGCAGUAAAUAAGCUUGUAUCCGCACAAAUAAUCAUGCAACAUUUUUUUAAUCAACUUUAAUAUCUACUGAAUAUCUUUCCAUACAUACAAAGUACACUUAAUUUGAUCAUAACAGGCAUUUAAGAAAAAUCAAGUGUCUCUUUAACAAGGUAAGGAUUCCAACCCUUUCCUCCCUGCUUGGUUUUGCAUAUUCACAACCUAGGCUACCUAGUCCUGUUCACUUAAAAAACACAGGUGGGAUCAUCUGUGGAGGUCCAGAAAUUGGCCUUGCUUCUCAGUGCUAAACCGGGGCUGAAAUUCUCAUGUGAGAUAACUAAAUUCAUGCGCGUAACUAACGCUGUUUUUGUGCAUGCACUCUGCAAAAUGUCACAGGUUCAAUAUGAUAAUGAUAAUCCUGAUACAUGUCGCUCUUCUCGGUUUGCACUUGCUGCAUGAUUCUGAUGUCUCAAGAAGUAAACAAAGUAACUCGUACAGCUUCUGCAUCUGUAUAUGAUCUCUAGCGAUGAGAGCAGACUCACCUCGAACCGUUCUCUCCUCUUGUGAGAUAAAUCAAAUACAAGCUGUUCACCCGCUCUGUGUGGAGUGGACAUAUUUGUAUCUGCAUGUGCAACAGAGGUCACCCCCUGUCCCCUUUAUCUCCACAUCUUCAUGACAUCAGGUGGCAACCCGAGCUGCAUGUUGUGACCUGGAGCCCCUUCAGGAUCUUGAUUUCGGCUUACAGAUCAUUUCUCCCUGUUACUGUUUUUGUUCUCCUCAAACUGGACUGCUAUAUCUGAGCAUUUUCUAACUGUGACCUGCUUGCUGUGAAUAUCUGAUUUUUUUUUUCUUCUUCCUACUAAAUAGAAAGCACCGUAAAUUCUCCAAAGGCCUUGCAGAGCACUUCUCCCCGCUUUCUUAUCUUUUAAUGCCGCUGUUGGUAUUGACACCAUCCCUUUAAGGCUCUGGUGGUGUUGGAUGUCAAGAGUUUCUGAUGUAAUUAGGACUAAAAAAAAAAUAAGUGACCCCCCGACCCAGCCCCCUUCCCCCUUUUCACCUCCCUUCCCUCUCCUCCUGGCCUCCUCUGUUCAAAGCCAGCGACGAGAAGACGUUGAGGACCUGUUGGAUCAAGGUUCCUUCAACAGAGUCACUCUGCAGCAUGAAAUGAGAAUUGGAUCUUACCCAGCAGCCUUUGAUUAACGGACACUCCACUUAAGAAAUUGGUCACGUGAAGUGGAGAUGGAGGAGCCCUACAGCUGGAUAAUGCGAGUGAUUGAUUUGAUAUUGGAAAGGAGAUAUCUAGAAAACGAGAGUCCGAUGAUUCUCUCUCUUCUGCCUUAAUUCCAUGAACUGUUUGUUGAAGGACUUCUCUCACUAGGGUAGCCUCCAAGUGUUGCACCAAUGUCUUAAAAUGCUACUGUUGUGCCUCUCUAAGAGUGUCUAACUCCUGACUGGGUUUAAGCACUUAUAACAUUUUCUAGAAAAGGAUGAUCUGUACCUCAAACACACAGAACUGUGGGUUUCCCUUUUUAUUUGUUUUUGCUUUUAGUUUUUUUGGCUCCUACUUGUGCCAUUAGAUUGAAACUAUAAAAGGUAGAUUUUAUGAAUCUAAACUCUUUAUCUAGCAGCAGACAUUGACAUUAUAAUUCAGUCAAACUUUCUACCUCUACCUUGUCAUAUAUCUUUCUGCAAAAUCAUUAAGAUAGAUUUAACCUGUAACAAUCGGCAGUUUCACCACGCUUGAACACGGGGAUGUGUUCCAACAUUCAACUUGUGAAGGGACCGGGUACACACGAGUCUCGGUGGUGUAUUCCAGAGUCAAACAUUGUUCUCUAUACUUGCCUUUAAUGAUAUUUCUACUUAUUUACUACCUCAGAGAAGUGACAGGCGACUGUCCGUCUAACUGCAGAGAAAAUGUCUGUGUAGAGUUUUAUUUUUGUCAGAGGAAGCACAUGUACUUUGUAGCUCCAUAGUUUUUUACUGAGAUUAGCUCAUGGCAGGAUGAUGUGUCUAGCGCAACAAGUACCAGUUACACUGCAUUUGUUAUGUUGUAAUACUGUGCCUCUGCCUCUUCAGUCUGGAAUGCUAACUGUUUAUGAAUCUGGGCCUCUCUCUCGGGAAGAAUUCCCCAGUUGUGUGCAGGAAUGUGGAGACGACACUUCGAUAUUAACCUGGGGCUGAGUGCACCAGCUGGGCGGACCCUUAGGUGUGAUGUUAUAGAGCUACGACCUUAGAGCUGAGCCCUGUUUGAGCUACACUUAGAAGCUUAGAACAGAGCAGGUGAGAGUUUGUAAAUUGAGAUUGGUCAGCCUAUUUGAGGAUAUUCAAACAGGAAAGGUGACAAUCACAAAACUUAAAAAUGAAUCUUUUCAGGAUGAUUCCUGAAACAUCAUCAGGAUCUGAGAAUAAUCUGUGAUAGGACACUUCUCAAGACUGUGAGGUGAAUACUUUCUCGUUUUGAAGCCCCUCUGUCUGAUUGCUCUCAGGUUUGAGGCGAAUUAGAUGAACUUCCGGAGAAUCUGCAGGAAUACUACAAUGAUUAUGAUAUGUCACGACACUUUUGGUUCCACACCUCCUAAAUGUCCUCCUCUUUCUUUGGCUUCCUUAGGUUGUUCAGUUUUGCAGUGACAACGUUUCUAUACCCUCGCUAUCCAUACUUUUUCUUUCGAUUUGUGUAAAUUCAUACCUCCUGUUGAUGUUUUAAAAGUAAAGGGGAGUGGAUAGAAGUGUUUUGGCAACACUCACCGCUCUGCAAAUGUUCACAUAGACAUGCAUGAUAAGACCAGGUGCAGCUAUGACAUGUCAGGUUUGGCGCACUCGAUGAAAGUUCAACCCAAACCUAAAUGAUGGCCAAUCUCAAAUCAGUAAUCUGAAUCUCUUUUCUGCUGUUUGUGUGGAGUUGAUUGCAGUUCUUGACGAGAUAAAUCUCAUUUAAGUGAAGAGAAAAGUGUAUUCGCUCAGCUUUCGACAAACCCAGUGAUUGACCCCCUUCUUAGGUUGUAUCCAGGCCGAGGAUUCAGUGAGCGUUGUUGAGAGUGGGGCAGUUUGCUCAUUACUAAACAUAUCUCGAAGCAUUCCCGGCUGAACGCAGAGGCACAGACGAUAUCAGGAUUCAUUUCACUAAAUAAUCGGUCAGUACUGUGUUGCCUGCAUUAGGGUCGGCUCUGAGAACCACUACGAUGCAGGCUUCGCCACCUUUUAAUUUAGAUAAGUUUGCAUUAGGUGUUUGUAUUAUCACUUAAUAGGUUAGAAGACAGUUGAAAGAAAAGGAGUUGUCAUUUUCUGAUUGUCUGAACAUAAAGUAAUACAAAAUAAAGAAAUCUUUAGAUUUA